CAUCCUAUAUGUUUAAUAUCCAACAUGGGCGUUUCUUUUGUCGUCUGCAAAGUGUCAAAUACUUUGCGCGCAAGAAAAAUGUUCAGAAGCAAUAAUACUUUUUAGCUCUUCAACAUUGGAAAAUUGUUCAUGAUUUUUAUUAUUGCCAAAUGUUUUGGAGUGAACAUAAGAUAUAUAUUUAUUUGAGAAAAUUGCAAUUUUAUUCGGUGAUGGCUAUGAGUCAGUACCAAAAGGCAUCUUUUCAAGGUAUUGCGACUUUGCUCGAAUAAUUAAGUUAACAUCAAAGAAGAUAAGGUACAUGGCUCUUGUGAAAUUGAAAAUUACAAUUUCAUUCGUUAAAAUAAUAUGAAUCCUAUUUAAAUUGAUAUUAAAGUUCUAUUAACAUCACUAUAAAAUGAAAAGGUUAUGCUUUAUCGCGAAACGAAAAUUAUAAUACUAAAGCGUUUUAAAUAAUAUAAUUGUUUAUUGUGUGAAUUAUAUAAAGUUAUAAACCCCGAGUGAGCAUAUGCUGUUGGCUUAAAAUGUAUAUAAUAUAAAAAAAGUGGAUUGUCUUAUUUAAUAUCAGAAUCAGCUGAUUACUACAUUGACAAAGGAUCUCCAAUACAUUCGAUGUUUUACGAAUGAAGAAUUUAUAUAUUUAGUAUUGAAAAUAAUUAUAUAUAUGAAGAAUAUAAAUAUAUAUCAUAUUUUUCAAUAUAUAGUUUCUUUGUUAUUUUAAAAUAAUAAAAAAAAAAAAAAAUAAAAGAUGUCAGGAAACAAUUCAGCUAUAGUAGGUACACUUAGAGGUGGUAAUCUACAAAAUCGUAAUUCCCAAAGAUCUACACUUUUAAAAGUGGUAAUUUUGGGUGAUGGUGGUGUUGGAAAAUCCUGUCUUAUGAAUAGAUUUGUAUCAAAUCACUUUGAUGAACAUAGUUUUCAUACAAUUGGAGUAGAAUUUCUAAACAAGGAUAUUGAAAUUAAUGGAGAAGCAUAUACAUUGCAAAUAUGGGAUACAGCUGGACAAGAAAGAUUCAAGACUCUUAGAACUCCAUUUUAUAGAGGCUCUGAUAUUUGCCUUUUAACUUAUGCUGUGGAUGAUAGAACAAGCUUCAAAAAUUUAGCACUUUGGAGAUCUGAAUUUCUUUAUUAUGCUGAUGUUCAAGAAGGAUCAACAUUUCCAUUUAUAGUUGUUGGAAAUAAAGUGGAUGUUCCAGAUUCUGAGAAACAAGUUUCCACAGAAGAAGCUCAAGCUUGGUGUGCAGAAAAUGGAGAUCCUCCUCUAGUAGAAACAUCUGCAAAAGAUGCAACCAAUGUUGAAGCAGCAUUUGGUGCAGCUGUUGCUGCUUGGGCACAACUUGAAGCUAGAUUAGAAAGACCAUUAGUAGAAGAUACUGUUGAUCUUUCCAAACAACAAUCUCCUCAUCGUUCAAGUUGUUGUAUGCCUGUGUCUGGUGCUGAGUAGGUUACAGAUAUAAGAUUUUAAAUAUUUUUUAUGUUUUCAUAACAUAAUGCAUGAAACAUUUCUGAAGAUUCACAAUCAUAAUCUAAUUGAAAUGAAUAAUUUUUGUGGUGCAUAAAUGGAGGUUCUGGAAUAAACAUAUAAAAUUUGUUUAUAUGUGGAAGGAGUAUACUAUAUGCGAAUUGUACCAACACUUAUAAACAAUGAUUACUGUAUUUAGGAUAUAUAAGGACAUUACAUUAUAUAUGAAUUUUAUUGUUUUCAUUGACCUAAAUAAUACUUAUUUCUGUUUAAAUAAUUUGAACUUAAUCCUUUAAAAUUAAAUCAAGACCAUUGGCAACAUAAUUACAAAAUAUUUGGAAUAUUCAAAUACAUGAUUAUAUGAUCAUGAAUUGACAAUGAAGAUGAAACUAUUUAAUAUCAUUAUAGUACCAAUUUUGCUGGUAACAUACUUUUUCUUCUAGGUCUAACAAAAUUAUUUGAAGAGAUUUCUUGCCCAUCUGCAAUACUUUCCUCGUAAUAAGGUGAAUUUUAACGAUAAAAGUAUUUUUUUAUUUGUUGCUCAUUAUGUGUUUCUUCUGUUGCCAAUGAACAUAUUUAUAUUUUUAUAAAUUAAAUUCAUACGAUUUUAUUUGUUUUUACAAAUAUUUUUCAGUUUCGUUAAAAUAUGCAAAUUAAAACUAUAUUUACGCGGAAAAAAGUAAUAUUUUAUGGUUAAUAUUUCCAGAAUACAACUGUAAACUGUAAGGUCAAAUUGAACGUCCUACUCGUAUCACGCUUUGUGCAGUUCGCGAGCUACAAACAGUAUUUUAAGUAUUUCGUACACCAUUGGCUUGUGAUAAAAUAAUAAUAGUAAUAAUCACGAUCAUCAACUGCUUUAUAAAUAAGGAAUAGAUAUAAAAUGUAAUUUAGCUUUGUAAUCUAAAUUUGCCUUAUCUUUGCAGCACAAACUAAGAGCAGUGGUAGUAAUAUAUAUUUAUGACAAAAUCUUCUGAAUCAUCUUUAUAUAUAUGAUUUUGAAAUAUCUAUAUUAUAAAACAUACUCUGCUGCUCUUGGAAUGUUCUGCAGUCGAUGUUUAAAGAUUUUCCUACAAAAUGAAUAGUAUUAUAGAUACAUCAAAUAAAGCUUUUUGUACAACCUUGUACGUAUAAAAGGUAUGAACGCAUUUCUAAAGCACUGUAACUUAUUUAAAAGCUACCUAAUACUUUAGUGAUGCUUUACAUACACAAAAUAAAUAAUAUAUAACAUCAUAAUUUUUAAGGAUUAUUUUUAAUAAAAAGGCUUGCAUUAAUUAUAAAUGUGACAUGCAUGCUGGUGCUUUUUGUAUAGCUGUGGGAUAUAUAAAUUUCUGAUUUCUUAUUCAAUAAUCUGUUGGUUCAAGUGCACACUAUAUAUAAAAUUUAACCAUAUCAAAAUGAUAUUUCAUCAAUUUGUAAUAUUCAAGAUCAGUUCUAUUAAUGGAAUACAUUUUAGAUCAUCAAUACUAUAUUCAUCAAUAAUUUUAUAAAAAUAUCUGUACAAUAUAUAUUGCAUGUAUUGUACAAUAUUAUAUUUAUUUUAUAUUUACUAAGUGGCAGUUAAUAGUUUUAUCAUGU